GAUUGAUGUCAAAUACAAAAUACAAAUGGGUGUUGAUUUUCUAUUUAAAGUUGAAUAUUAACAAGAAAACUGUAUGAAAAUUGUUACAAAAUGAGCGUUAAUAAUCGCAAGGGUCCUAUCGUUGACCCCGGCAUUUGUAGAUGCUGUGGUUCUAUUAAAAAGUGCCGAUUAUUGAACGUCGAGUACGAAUGGUCGGGACAGCGAGAAGUUUACGCAGAUAUGUUUGUGGAUUGCUUCGGUUUAGUGUUAUCUCACUUGGAGGGCGAGGAGUCAGAGCGUCUGAUCUGCGCGACGUGCGUCGUCAGACUGAGGGACGCGCGCGCCUUCCGACAACAAGUCCUCCUGUGCGAAGAGAAGCUCCUUAACGCGUUUGUCCGCAUACAUGAUGACAAUGAUGAUAAUAUAAAGACGGAAGUGGAUGUGAAAGAUGAGCUGGAUUUGUCAAGGGAUGAUGACUCCAUCAACAAUGAUGAUCAUCAUGAUCCCAUCGACGAUGACACUGGUCAGCGGGAUGAUGAUACAGACCCUGGGAAGCCUACAUUGUCCGUACAAAUUAAAGUAGAAGAUGUACAUGAAGAGACAGUUAUGCCAUUAUCCCCGAUACCGCUAGAUGGCGCCACCGACGACAAAGCUAAAACCGAUAUGUUAGAUGAACUUAAAAGUAUGAAGAAGAAACUUGAUCAAUUACAACAGAGCGAGCCUCGUCCCGUCUACCCGUUAUACAGGCAACCGACUACAGUGGACAAAGACCUCCAUAUGCUCCGAAACAUAGUUAAAAUAGUUGAGAAUUCGUAUGUCUGUCCGUUCGUAACAGUUUUUAGCGAUUACCAUUGCUUUUACUGCAAAGAGAUGUUCCUAGAUCCGACAGAACUCCGAAAACACACACUAACACACGACCCCAAAACGUACAAAACUAUUAUAGACAUUAAAAAACUAAUACUAAUCGAUAUCGAUAGAAUUGAUUGCAGACUCUGCGACGAAAAGAUCGAUAGUAUCGAUAUUUUUAAAGAACACAUCACUAGUAGACAUGGGCUGAAAUUGUACGCGGAUGUUUCCAACGAGUUCAUGCCAUUUAAGCUUAAAAUCGGUACGUUAAAGUGCGUGGAAUGCGACAAAAACUUUGGCUUUUUUCACGCAUUAAAAAAACAUAUGGCCGUACAUUUUGGGACGUUUGUCUGUGACGAAUGCGGCGCUCAUUAUUUCGAAGAACGCCAUUUAGUUUUUCAUAAAAAUUCUCACGUUAAAAAGGCAGUUGAAUGGUAUCCGUGCAAUGAAUGCGAUAAAACGUUUCGAUCCAAGUAUUCUCGAAGUUUCCACGUAGCUAGGAUACAUAAGAAUGAGCCGGCGUACCCUUGCAACAAAUGCGACGAGGUCUUCAUCUCAUAUCACAUGAGAUACAGACACAAAAUGAACGUGCACGGAGAGAAACGCCAAUUUCCAUGCGACGGAUGCGACAAAAUAUUCGUCAGCAGAAAAACUUUAAGGGAACACAAUCAAAGAACACAUUUGCAACUAUUCAGACACCAAUGCAGUUUGUGCGACAAAAAAUUUUACCUCCCAUCAGCUCUGAGGGAUCACAUGACCUCCCAUACGGGUGAAAGGAAUUUUCGCUGCGAGUUCUGCGGGAAAAACUACCCUAGGUCCAAAGCUUUAAAGGUUCAUUUGCAAUCCCAUAGCUCUGAAAAGAAGUUCAAAUGUCGCUUAUGCCCCUCUGCUUAUACGCAGGUAACUAAUUAUAGGAAUCAUAUGAAAACGAAACAUCCUGUGCAAGAUGGAAAUAAUUUUGGUUGAAAAUUGUACAGCCUGUAUAUAGUUGUUAAAUAAAACCGCCUGUAUAUAGA